AUGUCAAAUACAAGGUCGCACGACCAUUCCGAGCCCUUGCUGCUCUCGGACCUCCUGUCCUCAUUCUCGACCGACAAGGAAGCGCUGACCUACAUCCUCGCGCGCUACAACGACCUGGUCUCUCGGCAUCGCACGUUGAUCGAGGAGAAGCCGCUGCUCGAAGACGUGGCACCUGAUUCAGCUACAGCACCAAAUAUUAAAGCGAAUGGCGCGUCGAGGAGGUCGUUCGAGGUCGAAGCAGUCGGCGACGGCGCUAGUAACCCGACUAGUUCAAGGCCGAGCGGGGCGACGACGCGAUCGAUCGGCGACGACAAGCUACGCCGCCACGAAGCCUCGACGACGGAUUCGACGGCGAAUUCCGUUGCGACUAGCCUCCCCGAUGGAACCCAAGGGCUGGUAUUGGCGAACAACUCACUGAGGCGACAGCCUGAUGCGUCUAGGGGCACAUCGGCGGAACCCGACGGCCCGAAUUCGGCCCCGAACCCGUCUCACCAGCGAAGGAGGAGCGAGUCCGAAAGGGGCUACUGGGACGACAUCACCGCCUCCCCGAAGCAAAUCGAUGACUUUGGAGACCGGGAUUGGAGUGCACCUUACCAUCACGCCAACCGCUCCACGCCAUCGAUUGCUUCUUCGUUGCGCACUAUAGUUGCUCCACCGCCGCCGAAUUUUCCGUUACCGCAACGGCCACGCGCCGAGCAAAGUGCUUUUGCCUCCGACUUGCGCAAGAGUCUCUCUUUGGACCUCAGGGACUUGAACCUUGAUGACGUCGUCGCGCAUGCCAGUCAACAGAUGAAGGCAAAUCGAUCCGAUGACGGUCGAGCGGCGGUGCGACCGCCCAAGACUCCGCCCCCACCGAUCGUCACUCGACCGCACUCUUCCAACACGAAUCAUGACGACCGUCUUCAGCUUCUUGGUGACUCGAGAAGUGCUGGUCUAUCCGUCACGAUGAGCGUUCCCGUCAAUCUUGCCAGUUUGUCCUUGCAUGGAACGCCCGAGAGCAAUCGCAGAGGGCGUCGCGGCAUCGCAUCAAUGUUACCGCCGAUCGCUCCAGGCAGUCCUCUGUCCCCAACCGCGUUCACGAGUCGAGAUAGCGAACGCGAUGGCGGUACAUGGUCGACAGACAGGUCGGUGAUCCAUCGGAAUGAGCGGUACAGAACCAGGGCGCAGCCGGCAAAUCUCUCAUACGGGGACCUCGUCUCGCCCAAAGGGAAGGAAGAUGAUCAAGAUCGUGCUCAAGAUCAGCUCAUGGCCCCGAGCUCUGCGGAGCAGAAGCGUUCUAAUCGAGAGCGUCUCAUCUCCGAAACUCCCUUGCCAGCCGUGCCUUAUCCUCGUUCGUCGUACGGCAAUAGUGACGAGCCCUUCUCCCCCCAAGGCUCACUGCUUUCUGCUCGAUCGGACGGUUCAAACCACAAAAUGUCGGCCGCUCAAGCCUACGCCUUGAGUAGCACGUCUCCUUCGUCGCCUUCGGAGGGUUUUCCGUCUACCAAUUCGGGGUCGCACUUCACUGAGGAUCGGUGGAGUCAAGGCGAUGGCCACUCGGGGUCUACGAUAGCGCGUUCGGCCUCGCCCCAUCAGCCCCAGCCAUCCCGACCGCACAACUCUUCGACCCACCCCUCUACGACGCUCGACACCUCGGCCCCAUCCUCACCUCAAUCCGCACCUCUCGUCCCCGCGCAUCUACCCCAUACUCGCGUACGGAUCAACAGCUCGAGACUGAGGACGUCGGAUAAGGGCAAAGAGGUCGUCGUGUUCAGCAUCGACGUGCACGUGCUCCGACCGCCAUUGGAGGGCGCCGAACCGCUUCCGCCCAUACCCCAAAUGCCUCGAUGGACGAUGGAGAAAACCUUUUCCGAUAUCACGGCUCUCGACUCGACGAUCCGAUCGAAAGCGGGUCGCAAGGAGUACGCGGCAAUGGCGCCUCUGCCCGACAAGUCCCUGUUCAAAGACCAUGCCCCCGUCAAACAGGAUCAACGCAUGAUCAUGACCGAGCGCCACCUCCAGACGCUCGUUCAGAUUCCGUUCAAGGAUCGGUCGGCGAUAUGCAUCUUCUUGACGAGCGAUGUAACUGCUGAUCCUCAGACUCCGAACGUGCCCGUGUCGGCCCAGUUGAAUCGCUCGACGAAAUCGUCCGUGAUGUUGAACCCGUCUUCCGCGUCCAAUCAGCCCGGAGGGCCAAUGGAAGGGUAUCUGACAAAACGUGGUCGACAUCUCGGCGGCUGGCAAACAAGGUACUACAUCGUGAAUCCCGGGGUCGCAUUGAUGUACUACGAAAACCCAGGAGGGCUCAAAAUCGGCGAGAUCCCGCUUGCUAAUGCGGCGGUCGGUCGACAGGCCCCUUCGUCUCGCAAGGUCGAUAACGACUACGAUGCCUACAUCCAUGCGUUCUUGAUUCGAGCGAUCUACGAGAAGGAAGGAGAGCAGGAGCACAUUCUCUGCGCCGAGACCGAUGAGAUUCGGGAUCAAUGGGUUCAAGCACUGACCACACCGCCAAGCACACUGCGGAUGGCCACUCCGGCCAAUGCAACCCCGGUCAAGAGUCAACCCUCGAUUCCGAGUCAUCGUUCGAUGACGACCAUCAGCGAGGGUGCCGAUAGACCACCGCUUCCCACGACGCCAAGUUUGGGCAAGCUGUCGGCAUCCGUUUCCGAGUCGGCUUUGAGGUCGUCGGAUCCAGAUCACCAACUUGCUGCGCCUGCUCCAGUCUCGACACCUAACGACGCACGUAGCCGCGCAGGCCAGCUGACCUUCGAAUCGGUCGCGCGACCCGAAUCUGCGCAAGCGAGCAAUCGGCCGGCGUUGUUGACGAAGCGAUCGGCAAAGGAACGAGCGAUGGGUGAUGAAACGCACUCCACCUCGUUCGCUAGCGGCGGAGGUAGGCACUCGGUCAGCGACGUCUCGAGCCCGAUGAAUGCCACGCCCCUUCCGAAUGGCUACGACUUCAAGGGUGGUGUGGCCAAAGCUGAACGACGCAAGACCAAAUCGUUUUGGGGAGGCUUCAGUCGCGUCGACAAGUCGAGCGCGGAUGUCAAAGCUUCCGCUCCUCAACCAGUCUUUGGUAUACCGCUCAAGGAAGCCGUCGCACAAUCGCGCAUCCGCCCAGGUUUCGAGCUACCUGCCGUCGUGUACCGAUGCGUCGAGUACCUGGAAGCCAAGCACGCUGAAACUGAGGAAGGCAUCUUCAGGUUGAGUGGCAGCGCCAAUGUCAUCCGUUUGCUGAAAGAUCGCUUCAACACCGAAGGCGAUGUCAACCUUCUCGCGACGAAGGAAUAUAUCGACCCUCAUGCGAUCGCGGGUCUACUCAAGCUCUAUCUGAGGGAGUUGCCCGGCCAUCUUCUCACGCGAGAACUCCAUGCCGAGUUUUUGCAGGUUAUCGGUACGUGGUGUGGCGUUGCCACACGGCUCGCGAGCUUACCCGCUAAUUCCGUACAUUGAUUACUGGCAUAGACCUGGGCAAUCGCAACGAUCGCGUCAACCUGCUCGGUUCGCUGAUUGCUCGGCUCCCGAUCGAGGAAUACACCCUGUUCCGCUUCCUCUUCGCCCACCUCUGCGUCAUCGCCCAGUCCGCGGACGUGAACAAGAUGAACUUGCGCAAUCUCAGCAUCGUCUUUUCGCCCAGUCUCUCGAUUCCUGCUCCUCUGUUCAUCCUCAUCUUGAGCGAGUUCGAUGUCGUGUUUGCCAUCGAACCCGAAUCGGGCCCUGCUGAUGCAACGAUGAUCGAAGAUGGUGCGGACCCCGAGGUGAGUGAUCAGACGUGAGCUCUUGUGAUCCAGGCAUCCCUUACUGAUAUUACUGAUCUUGCGGAAAAUAGCAGGCUAAAACCGAGCGACGACGCAAGAACCGCAACUCGGAGCUCUACCUCGCUUUGGGUGCACCACUGCUGAUGGAGCAGGACGCGUUACGCCAACCGCUGCGCGACCUCGACUUUGGCGAGAUCCUACCCGUCGAUACGGAGUGGUUCGCCGAAAGUGGCCUCGGUUCCGACUCUGCGCAAUUCGUUCCCUCCGGUCAUGCCCACACGCCGUCCCAAGCAGCCGAUGCGUUUCAUUCGUUGUCGCCGACGUCUGAUCAGUCUUCACACCAGUACCAGUACCAGGAGCAGUAUCGAAAUCGACCGCCUUCAACUCCUGGCGGUCAAGGGCAAAAUGGGUCGCCAGGUAGGAACAUGGCUCCCAAUGGGUUGCCGACCAGCCCUGGGCCGAGAUACGGUCCGCCGUUCUGA